GAAAUGACGUCACAGCAUAGAUCCUCGAGACAAUUACUCAUAUUUCUUCGUGAAAUUCUGUAGAUUCUGUGUCAGGUUGAUGUCCUCUUAAUUCUACGAAAACGAUCUCAUUUGCGAAUGUCACCUACUGAAGUCUUUUAUGGCGGCGUGGAGCUGAUAUAAAUUUCACUCGCUGUUGGAAACUUUCGUGCUUUGGUGAGACUUCGACUCUUGCAGCCUUUGGUUUGAUCGAAGCUGGAUGUUUUGAAGUUUGGGGUCUAACUUACUGACUUUCAGUAAUAAUGAGUGACAAAGUAGCUUCCGAAGAGCUUGAUGCCGAUGAACAAAACCCAGUCGGUAACGUUACUGGGGAAGAGUCCGCUAUACGCCCCGCAAAGAAAGCAAAGAAGAAAGGUAAAGGAAAGAAACAUAGAGAAUCUGUUGAGUCCAAAGACGAAAAUGACGAAGGAGAAAGUUCACUUAAGAGGAAAGGAAGGAAAAAGGUACAUUUAAAAGAGAAUGUAUCGUCUGAUUUGCAACAAAAAGUCGAAGCUGAAGGCGAUGAUAAACAGUUGGAAGCUUCGGUCACCGUAGAUGAAGGACUGAAAGAAACGGUGAUCGAGAUACAAGCAAGUGAGAAUAAGCCGGAUGAACUUGAAGAAGUGGUAGUCAAGAAAGAUUCGGCUUUGAUCGAAGGAGGCAACACAGCUCGAGAAGCUGGGGAUUCAGCUGAGGCCAGCGGGGAAGAAAAGAUAGACGAAGAGAAAGACAGCGAAGCUGUCGAGAGCGCGGCUGUACGAAGGAGAGCGACGUUGUCUGAUUUACGAAGUGAUAGCAUUGACCAACAGGCCGGGGAGAAAGCUGUAACUACAAGACCGGGAUCUGAGGAGCUCAAACCUGUCAAAGAAGAGGAGAGCACAGAAGUAAAGAUAGAAGUUGAACUUGAUGACAAGCAGAACAAUAAAGAUGAAAAAGAAAAAGAUACAGAACAAGAUCCAAAUGCAGUGACAAGUGAUGGAACAGAUUCUGAACCAAAACAAGUUGUGGAAAAAUCUACAGUUCAGGUUGAUGUUGAUACACUGGAGGAGAAACCAGUAGAGGUUGCUGCAGAGAAAAUUGACAGUGUAGAGCAUGUUGCUGUGCCCAUUGCGGGGGAACCCAGUACUGAUGAAGGAAAGAGGGAGGUUAAAUCUGAGAAUCCAGAGGGCAAAGAAGGUGAAAUCAAAACUGAAGAUACUAAGGAAGAAGAGACUAUGCCACUGACCAGUGAAACUGUGGUCACCAAUGAAACAGAGACAAGUGAAGAUUACUCAAAGUAUGAGCUUGAUGAUGAGUUGCCAUGGGCCAUGUAUCGUUCAAUGGAUACUCCUCCACAAAUGAACCCCAUUGAGGAAGAUGAUGAUUGGCCAGCAUCUGAAGAUGAUGAAGAUUAUGCACCUCCCAAAAAUGAGGAUCUCCCUGACCUAGACAUGCUGAUGGGAACAUUAGAUGGGGGAGAAUCUGAACUAGAGACAACUGCAUCACCACCACCACUUAUACUCCCCGAGGAGAAGCAUGCUAAGCAACGCCGCAUUGAUGAGCUCAAGCAAGGGCUUGCUAAUGAGCCGAUUGAACUUUAUGAUGAAGAGUUUGAGAAAAGAAUAGAAGAUGAAGUUCUAAUGAUUGGAAACAUUUCACUAGAGAUGGUCCAGGAAGAGGAGCGUCGACUUAGGGAUGAGCAUAUUGCCUAUCAACAACAGCAGGCCAAGACACAGCGUGAGCGACAGGAAGAUAUACUAAAAAGAGAAGCUAAAGCUAGGAAGGAAGUUAUGAGGGUUGUGAGAGAGAAACGCAAGCGGCUGCAACAGAGAGAGGAUCUUUUGAUGCAGCAAGAUGGGCUAAUACAGAACAGGAUCCACAGAGCAUUCCGCCGAGCUGAGGAACAACUACUUAAGGCCCUGACAGCAAGGAAAGGAGAAGUUAAGGCCAUGUAUGGAGAUUUGAUGUUAGCUGAUGGCCAGUAUGGAGGUAGCAAAGGCCGUCGCUGGAAAGUCGAUUGGAACAGAACCCCACAGCCAAUACAGAUUAAGCUGAAGUGUCUAAGAGGAGUCAAAGACAAGUUACCAGUGGGUCGGUAUGUUCUCAUGGUGUCUCUGUAUGAUCGCCUGGGGGGGCAUGUGCUCAAGUGGUCAAAUCUGAAAGGUCAGCAGUGGGGAGGAGCAACAUUACCUCUGCAACAUGAUGGAGAAUUCUUCAACAUUGAAAUCAAGAUUGACCAGAGUGUAUUCACAGUGUGUCCUUCUAGACCUGAUGUGCGUCCAGGCAUGAUCCUGGUGUUUGAGCUCUUUAUUCUCAGGGGGAGUGUCACAGCCACAGAUAGGGUAGUAGGGUGGGGAUGUUUCCCCAUUUCUGAUGGAGAGUUUAACAUCAUCGAUGGAAAGUACAAGGCUCCAUUUCUUCGUGGUGACAUGGACCCUACAAUUGAUAAACAUGAGAAGAUUGAAGAGCUGAUGGCUGAUGAUCUGGAAAACUGGCUAUGUAACCUGUAUUUUGAAAUUGUCAAGCUGCCUCGUUAUAUGGCUGGACAGAAGGAAUAUGAAGUUGAACUGCAGUUUACAUCAGGAAUUCUAAGCUAUCCAUCACGCACAAAUAUUGAUGAAGAGAACAUUGAUGGAGAAGAGCCCAUUUAUGGUUCUCGGAUGGAUCUCAAGUCAUCACCAUCGAGCAGUCGCCGUGGCAGUAGAAUCAGUGGAAUGGGGUCGAGUUUUUUUGGAAGCACUGUAGGUAUUGAUACAGCUGUGGAGGAUAAAGAGGGCACGGGUUCUACUCAGAAAUUGCAGGUGGAAGUCCCAGAUGUUAGAAGAACUUCUCUUGCAGUCCCCGAGCCGAUAUUACGUCAGCGCCGCAGUUCAUCUGUGUCACAGAGACGGACGUCCCGUCCCGUAACCAUGCACAUGUCACGCAAAGCGGUGGAGAUCGACGCAUCAAGCGACGGAAGUGGGACGGACUAUUCUGAUGAUGAGGUUCUCAUGCUGAAAAAAGAUGAUGGAUUUAGACCAGUGAAGGGCCAGCCAGGCAUGUAUUACAAGAAACAUUUAAACAAUCCAGUCGACGUUCACGCCAAAAAGAUUUUUACUAUGCUUCCAAAGACGCCCCUGAUGACACGAAAGAAAAAGAAGAAAAGGCUGACUCAUUUGGAAGAACUGGAAGAACAUACAUUCACUGUACAGCCACCUUGGUCCAAUAAAGGGCGCAUUCCCCAUUAUGGGCGAGAAAAGAUGCAAUAUGUAGGCCGUCAAUUGAUGGCUGAACUGGGCCUCUCUCAAUGGCGUUCUCGUGAGUUUUGGGCCAUGUUGCUCCUCAUUGCCUUCACUUGGUGGGUUCGUCUUUACUCUCAUUAUGGCGCCCAGUGGGUUCUCCUUCAAGCGUUACGUAUUCCAGUUAGCAAGUACGAAUUUCUCGCCUACACAGUGAACCUGAACUAUCAAAACACACUGCUGAACACAGUGAAAGAGAUCGGUGUAGUGGUGAUUGGACCCCUCUUCAACAUUACAUUGUUUUUUUUGUUAAUCCUCUUUUGCUGGGGAAUGCAGAUGCUGUUUGGAACUUUUCCUAACAUCUUCUCACGGUUUAUCAUGGCGUAUGGAAUUAAUGCGCUGCUCGAUCCCAUCUGGAUUGUGAUCGUGGAUUCUGCGCUCAUGAGAUUUUUAAACGUGGGAGGUGAUGUUCCGAUAGGAGACGCAUUCAAACUCUACUGGCAUUUCUUCCGCUUUGAUGGCAAUGGCACCGUGGGUAUCGUUCUGACGAUAUUCCUGUAUGUUGUAACGCUGUUCUUUGCCUCUUCUGUAUUGUAUAUGUACUUCCUGAGUCUUCAUAACAAUGGCAGGCUUAUGGAUGUCUUUCAUCGUCUUCACGCGCGUGAAGAUGAGUUCUUCAUUCCUUACGACCUGGAAAUCUCUAAUGUGGAAUUGAACUAUGUCUGUAAGAAGUCAGAACAGUGGCGAGGAGAAGAAGGAGAAAGGAGAAAAACUGCUGUAUAUGAUUAUAUCUGGGAAGAAGAGAAGAUUGAUGAGUCGGAUAUGGGGGCCUCGGACAAAAAGAAAACUGGGCACCGUGAAAUCACAUCUCACGUGUCUAUCCACACCAUACACUUGGAUGGAUUACGAGAGUUAUACAGACACUUCCUAAGGCUGCCUGAUGGCGCCAUUGUGGAGGUGUUCGGCGAAAUGGGUGUGGCUGGUAUGGAUGAGAGUAUAAAACAGGCGCUUAUUAAAGGUACUACAUACCAGUCCAUGGACAGUGCAAGAGCCUCACGGGCCAGUUUAAGAGCGAGGUCCCGGGCCGGUUCGGUAAUUAGUGAAUCUUCUCUUCGGAGACCUUCGGUGAUGUUGGAAGUUCCCAAAACUGCACGUUCUCCGUCGCCUGUGUAGACCUAGAUGGGAAAGGAACGCGUUGCAUCGUACUCUUACUACAGACAAGUAAUGCGUAGAUUACGGCUUUGUUGUUUACAUUGAAAUAUCACGAAUCAAUUUGCAUGAUUAGUGUAUUAGCUUAAUCGUAUGCCCUUAUGAUACAAGUUGAUAAGGCAACAUGUCAUAGAAACGUUAGUCAGAAUCCCUGGGAUACAAUCUAAUUUACGAUUGCUUUUGCUGAUUCAUAAUGACGUAUUUAUGUAGAAGGUGAGGUGUAAUAUGUUAACAGAGGAGAACAGUAGGGAUGUCCGACUCUGCGGGUAAUUCCCUUUUUAUCUUUAUUUUAGUACAAGUUAAAUAGUCGUGUAAAUAGUAACAAACGUUUAACAGCCGUAUUCAUUUCCGACUUAUUAGGUUAUUUCUCGUCUCCUUUUAAUGCUUUUUAAAGUCGCUCAGUCGGAAAGGAAGUCGUCUAUCAGACGCUUAACUUGUGCGCCUGUUGAUUCAGAUUUCACCGUCAGGUUCAACACAUAAAGAAGUGUCUGGUAGAAAACGUUCAGUACUAUGUCAUUUAUUUAUUGAUAUCAGCACAUAAUAAGUUCGGUGUGUAGAUGAAAGCUGUUCCGAAGCUGAAAUUCUUUGUUAAGCCAGGCGGUCUUUUCAUUUACUGAAUUGAAGUUAUUUGGUUCGGCUCGUCAAAAGUCGGGCCUCGACCUAAUGCGAUGUAAAGUUGUAUGUGUUACUCCUUGCCCGGUCAUCGCCAGUACCUGACAGUUUCAAGAAUCCUUGGGCGAUUGGAAUGACAUUACUGCCUGUGUUUUGACAACACGCGAUCGAAACGCUGUUUGAACCAAAUUCGCCUGCCAAAAACCAGAAUUUCCAUUUUGUUUCCAUUGCCGGUAGAUGAUUUCCCCGCUCUGUAAUAGACGGAAUAGGUUUCUAUUUAAAUUACUACUGCUAUUCUUGUGAUUUGUUACAACUUCCUAGUUCGGUUUUAAUAGAUUUUAUUUCAUCCUAAGUCAAAGGGCGUCAAUAAUUUUAUCCUUAGUCACUUCAGGUCGUGAUUUAAGCUUUGGCAAUGUCCAUCUAAAGCUGUGUCCAUUUUCUAACCUCUCCAGUCAAGUCUCCGUUUUACAUAAUUUAUCCCUGCUAUUUAACUUUAAUUAAAAGGUGCUUGGCCUUUUUGAUCUAUUUAUUUUAAUGUUACUGAGUUUUAGGGUACUUGUUGAAAUUUACCACUAGUGUAGGUUUAGAACCGGAACAUUUGAAAGAUCACAAUUCUUAUUGAUGGCUUCUUUUAUGCUUUUAUGGAAAUCGUUAAUGGCACCAGACUUCAUAUAGAUGGUAAUAUAUGUAUAUUUUUAUUUGAUCAGCUAUGUCCUAGAUUUGUAAUAAAUGCUGAGAAGAAACUUUGUAAUUUUAA